GUUCGCUGACCCACGACGAUCAUGGCAGCCCGCGUUCGCGCCUCCGCCCCACCCCUCUCCCCCUCACCAAUCCGCCCAUUCCGCAGCACCAUCCCUUCGUUGCGGAUAUAUCUGUUUCUCCUCGUCCUCUCCUCGCUCGCAAUGACUAUCCGCGCCGCAAAGUUUACGCCCGAGGUGCUGCUGAGCGCGCCGCGGCGGUCGUCCGGCGUGCCGAACCCCGCCGACGGCUCGCACGUGCUGUACACGGUGUCGACGUACUCGUUCGCGGAACACAAGAGCUCGGCCGAGGUGCGCGCACUCGAUGCCAAGUCUGGCGAGAGUACGGUGCUCACGGAUAAGGAAGGUGCAGCUGAGCCGACGUGGUUGGGCGAUGAGGGCGACGUGUUGCUGCUUGUGCCGGGCAAGAACGGGACUACGGAUGUGGUAGUGGGAAAAUGGGAUGAUUUUGAGAAUAGCUACACGGCCGGCACCAUUGAUGGCUCGGCCAGCAGCGUCAAAGUAGCCCCCCUGGGCGAUGGCAAGUUCGCCUUCGCCGUGGUUGCAACGGCCCAGCCAGACGGUAGUAUCUAUAACUCGGAAAAGGCGCCAAAGAAGCAGACAACCGGCCGGCUGUACCAGGCCAUCUUCGUGCGGCACUGGGACACAUGGAUCACCAAGAACCGCAACGCCAUCUUCUACGGCACGUUGGCCAAGGGCGACGAUGACAAGUACAGCCUCUCGCCGCUGACUAACGCGCUCAAGGGCACGCCACUUGAGAGCCCUGUCCCUCCUUUCGGCGGCACCGACAAUUAUGAUAUUAGUAGUACUGGCAUUGCGUUUGUGGCCAAGGACCCGGAGCUCAACCCCGCCAUCUACACUAAGAUCAACGUGUACAUUGUGCCGCUGAGCACGUUCACGGAGACGACGCCGCCGGCGCCGGUAUUGGUGCAGACACACGGCUUCGAGGGGCAGAGCACGUCGCCUGUCUUCUCGCCCGACGGGAAGCAGCUUGCGUUCCUGCGCAUGAAAUCCGUGCAGUACGAGUCGGACAAGCUGCAGUUGUUUGUGGUGCCGGAUGUGCAUAACGCCGCGUGGGUCAUUAACGCGUUCGGCUCGCCCGACGGCAAAGGCAUUUGGGACCGCAGUCCGUCAGCUGUAGCAUGGAGCGCUGACGCGAAGACGCUGUAUCUCGUGGCCGAGAACAUCGGCCGCGUCGCGCUGUACAAGUACCCCACGCCACUGAACCCGGACAACUGGAACGGCGCCCCGACUCUCGUGCUCAACGAUGGCGCAGUAUCAGACGUCCGGCCGCUCGCCGACGGCGACGUCUUCAUCUCCGGCUCCAACUUCGUGGACAACAGCGUCUACUCGCGCUACCAUGCAUCCAGCAACAGCACCUCGCAAGUGUCGUCAGCGUCGAAGAACGGCGCGGUCUUCGGCCUCUCGCGCGACCAGGUCUCGGAGAUCUGGUUCCCGGGCGCGGCCAACCACACGCAGAUCCACGCGUGGGUGAUCAAGCCCUCGAACUUCUCCCAGGGCACCCGCUACCCCGUCGCGUACCUCAUCCACGGCGGCCCGCAAGGCGCGUGGGAAGACGCAUGGAGCACGCGCUGGAACCCCGCCGUCUUCGCCGAGCAAGGCUACGUCGUCGUUCUGCCCAACCCCACCGGCAGCACGGGGUACGGCCAAGCGCUCACCGACGCAAUCCAAGGCCAAUGGGGCGGGACGCCGUACCAAGACCUCGUCAACGGCUGGGACCACGUCGUCAACCACCUCUCGGACAUCGCGGACACAGACCGGGCCGUCGAGCUGGGCGCCUCCUACGGCGGCUUCAUGACGAACUGGAUCCAAGGGCACCCGCUCGGCCGCGCCUUCAAAGCGCUCGUCACGCACGACGGCGUCUUCAGCAUGGCCGGUCAGCUCAGCAGCGAGGAGCUCUGGUUCCCCGAACACGACCUCAACGGCCGCUACGACGCGCACCGCGCCGACUGGCUGCGAUGGGACCCCUCGGCGCACGCACACAACUGGGCCACGCCCCACCUCAUCAUCCACAACGACCUCGACUACCGCCUCACGCUCGCCGAGGGCUUGGCCGCCUUCAACGCGCUCCAGCGCCGUGGCGUCGCGAGCGAGUUCCUCUCGUUCCCGGACGAGAACCACUGGGUCAUCAAGCCGGAGAACUCGCUGCUCUGGCACGCGGCCGUCUUCGACUGGGUUAAUCCCCGUGUGGGGCUGCCGGGGUUGGGCGAGCAGAGUGCGUAUGUGCGGGAGUUGAGGGAGCAGGCCGAGGGGAAUAGGGACAGCGAUUUAGGGAGGACGCUGCUGUAGUGCGCGCUGCCUGCUUACCUGCCAACCUACCUACCCACCUACCCACCCACCCACCUACCUACCUACCUACCUACCUACCUACCUACUCGAAAACGACAUGAGCUUUGACGUAUGAAGGUAUCACGAUCAGCUACCUAGUUCUAUGGGUAGAUACAAUCAUAAUUUAUAUAUAUUCUUUGCAACCCACUCACACUCGCCAUAAAGCUAGUUGAAGAGUAAAACUCUAAAGAACGUCUUUUUUUAACCCAUUAUAAAGGUGAAAAGCAUCGCAAUAGGAAGUAGAUUCGGGAUAUUUACAGAUAAAUUCAGGGCGGUGUUUUAUUGGAAUGCUUUGCUACUGUAAGUACAUGUUUGCUGCUUGCCUCUUUGUAUAGAUAGGGCUUUGUUUUUUCCAAUUCUAUGAAGCGCUUUCUGUCGUCGUGGGAUGAUGGAUCUCAUGUUGUGACGUUUGAA